AAGUUGUCUGCUCCACACCUUAGUACUUGUAUUUUAUAUAUACACAAUAAAAUAUGUUUAAAUAUUUUUUAUUUUUAACGCUUUUAGUUGUCGUUCUUGCCAACGAAGAUGAUUUGCAUGCUGAAGUGAAAUCGGCCUAUAAUUCAAUCGAUGGAAAUGGAAACUACAAGUAUGGACAUGAUAUUUCCAAUGGUGUUGAGAUCAAAGCAGAGGGAAAUGUCAAUGGAGUUCAUGGAGAAUACUAUCUGUUGGGCGAAAAUGGUGAAAAAAUCAAAGUUACUUAUACAGCUGAUUCUACUGGCUUUCAUCCCGUUGUAGGUGCUAAAUAAAUUUUUUUAAAUAAUUUUUUUUAAAUAAAUUUUUUUAUUUAAUUUUUUAAUUUUAAA